AAACUCACUCACCUUCUUCCAAAGAGAGAGAGAGAGAGAGAAGACGCUUAAAGUCUACAGAGAGAGAGAGAGAGGCGGUGAUCUUUGUCUCUACUACAACAUCUUUUUCUCUACUUCUUCCUUGAUUGAGCAAUGACAGGGCUUGUGAUGGUGACUAAAGGCGUUGGUUGCGCCGGAAGAAAAGGAGGAGGAGGGAAGGGAAAAUCGACGGCGGAGGAAGAAGAGGAAGAGCAGAACCAGCAACUAUCUCUUGUCGAGUUUCUCUUGACGGCGCUGCGCAAAUCGGUAGUAUCUUGCCGCGUGGAUAACCGCCAAGAGGACCGCGGAGGAGGAGGGAUAUCCUCCGCAGCCGUUCAUCAGAUGGAGAUCGGAUGGCCAACAAACGUUCGACACAUCACUCACGUGACAUUUGAUAGGUUUCAUGGCUUUCUUGGUCUCCCGCACGAGCUUCAGGUCGAGAUAAAAUGCAGCGUGAGCGUGUUUGGUGUCUCUGCGGAAUCAAUGCAAUGUUCUUAUGACGAGAAAGGAAACAGUGUCCCAACCAUUCUAUUACUAAUGCAACAAAGGCUCUAUUCUCAACAAGGUCUUAAGGCCGAAGGGAUCUUUAGGAUAAACCCUGAGAACAGCCAAGAGGAACAUGUGAGAGACCAACUGAACAGAGGUAUUGUUCCUGAGAACAUUGAUGUGCAUUGCUUGGCUGGUCUUAUCAAAGCUUGGUUCAGAGAGUUACCUUGUGGAGUGCUUGACGGUCUUUCUCCUGAGGAAGUUCUCAACUGCAACACCGAGGAAGACUCUGUUCAACUCAUCAAGCAGCUUAAGCCUACUGAGUCUGCUUUGCUCAGUUGGGCUGUUGAUCUUAUGGCUGAUGUUGUUGAGGAAGAAGAGUCUAACAAGAUGAAUGCGAGGAAUAUAGCCAUGGUUUUUGCUCCUAACAUGACUCAGAUGACGGAUCCAUUAACGGCUCUUAUGCAUGCUGUUCAAGUGAUGAACUUGCUGAAGACACUCAUCACCAGAACACUAGCGGAACGUGAAGAAACCUCAAGCGGAUCAGAAGAGUAUUCACCAUCCCAUUCCCACUCAUCAAAUUCUCAAACUGAUUCUGACUCUGACAAUGCACAAGACAUGGAAGUCAGCUGUGAAUCACAAGGCACGGAUUCAGAAUCAGGAGGAGAAGAACAAGAGGGACAACAACAACAAGAAGAAGAACAUCUCAGCCGCCGGUCUACCCAAGAAGAUGAAAAUGAUAUUGGAUCAUUAAGCUCAGUAGAGAAAUGUUUCUUGGGCCAGCUCAGCAACAAUGCUAGAGUUUCAAACACUAGUAUCUCUGAAGACUGGAGUCCAAAAUGCUCUCCAUUGGUAUCAUUUACAGAGGACAAAAACAACAGUUUAGGCUCAGGCACAAGCGACUAAGAUGGAGCCUAUGACCUGUCUAAUUCAAGUCAGCUUCCACGGGUUUGUUAGCUUUUCUUAUUUCUGCUUAAUCUGCAGGAAGAGAGAGAACUGGUUCUGUCUAUAAAUCAAUCAAUACAGAGAUUAUUUUCCAAAUUUGUUAGGGUCUUUAGGGAUUGUUGGGUGUGAGUCUCAUCAAGGGGUUCAGCAAGGGCUGAACCUGUCUGUUGACUGUUGUUGUAGUCCUUCUCCAUGUGUGUGUUUGUGUUGUGCUGUUUGGAUUUGUUGUAGCAAAGAUAAUCUGAUCUCUCUUUUU